AUGAGUAAAAGGCUGCUAAUUCAAGAUCAUGAUGAAGAUCAAGAUGGUACAACCAAUAUCAAUAAACGAAUAAAGAUAACAUAUGAAUUGGUGGAUCUUCCUGUUGAUAUUCUUCAUUCGAUUUUCAGUUAUUUGACUAGCGAAGAUAUUGCAAAUGUAUCGAUGAUUGAUUCUUAUUACAGACAGAAUUUUAUUCUAUUUCUAUUUAACAGAAUCAAAACUACAUGGCAUAAUUUAUUAGCUGAAUUUGAAAGCAAAGCAAAUUUCUUUUUAAGAUAUAAAUAUUUAAUUGAACAAGUACGAAUAAUCGAUUGUUACUCGUAUGGUGAAUGGCAUAUCAAUAUAUUUGACAAUUAUUUGAAUUUGUUGCCCAAUUUAACUCGGGUAAUCAUUAAUUCAAACAAUUCUUCCAAUUGGAUAAAAUAUAGACAGAAUGAAAAAAUACAUCAAUUAACGCUUUAUCUAGAUAAAGACCAUUUCGAAACCCAGCAUUUACAAAAUCAGCCCAGAAAUGUUAGCGUCAAGCCUUUGGCAUCCCAUUCAAUUCAACCUAGAAUCUUCCAUAUCGACCACAUUAAGGAUUUUCCUUGUCUACGAAAGUUAAAUCUUGAUAAUUACCAUUUCAAUUGGGAAGUUAAUGAAUCAUCGUCUCUGUUUUAUCAUUUAGUCGAAUUGAAUCUAACCAAUUGCACUUGGGAAUAUCCAUUUAAACUAUCACAAUUUAAUAUGGAUAGAUCAACUCUUGCUAUACUCAAUAUUAAGUAUUUUAGUAACAAUUCAUUCAUACUUUCUGAAAGAUUUAAUGAGUUCCUAUUGAACCUUGAAGAAAAUUUCCAAAGUUUAGCCAAUCUACAAUUAACCAUAGAUCAGGACAAUUCAAUCAACCCUACUCAAUCCAUUUCCUGGGAAAGAAGACUCCCGUCAAAUAUAUUCGAUAAAAUUCUAAACAAAAGCUAUUUUCCAUAUUUAAAACACGUUAAAUUGUUUGGUUGGUAUAUUAAUCUCAGUAAUGUUAAGAACAGUCUAAGAAAGCUAGAUGUCAAAGAACUUAAUCACAUUGAGGUUAUAAAUUUAAAGCGAGUUAAUAAUAUUAACAACAACAACAGUAAUGAUAAUGACGACCAAGAUCUUGCUAUAUUACAUGACAUUCUUGAUGAAUUGAUGACCUACUCUAUAAAAUUAAUAACUAAUUAG